AUGUCAACUAUCAAUCUUUCUCCAUGCUCCCACAGCGAGCAUCUGAGCAAGGAUAUUGAAUACCGACGCCUAUUUUCCGAGCCUCUGACAAAACCAGGUGGUACCCUCUCAAAUGAGGGGUACCUCCGUGCAAUCCAGCUAUACGGCCGAGAAGACUUACUCAUUAAUAGUCAUACAGUCCACCGGUACGACACGUGGGUGAAGAGAAAUCCAGAGCUCCAUCUAUCUUACCAAAACCAAGCCCGGCAAGACAGGUAUAAUCCUACAUGCGGAUCUUCAAACGCAUUUACCGGCGUCUAUUACCCAAACCCUCCGCUAGACGGGCCAUCUUUACAGGUAAACCAAGCCGAUACUGAUCCUAAGGUUAUUUUCCCCCACGCACCUCAGCGUCAAGUGACAACCCCGGAAACAAGCACAAUGCCCCCACGCCGGUCCCGUGAUAACGGUGGUCGAUUUACCGCAUCCGAUGAUGCUUUUGCCUUCCAUGAGGGAAAUAUCAAGGCAAAGCCUGGGCAAGAUGCCUGGAAUGCGAUUGACGCUGCUGAGAAUGCCCUCCUCUCGGCCGACUUGGUUAAGACUCUCAUUACCCCUGGUAUUAGCGCCGACCAACACGAAAAGACCUGA